AUGUUGCGUUCCGCUAUCAAUAAGAUAAAAUCCUCCUUUUUACAGAAGAAUAUCAAAGCUGCUGCUAAAAAUAAUAUCAAGAUAGAAGAUUUCAAGAUUGUCAAAGAGGGAAGUGCUGAAAUCUUGUUUCCAAAGAAAGAAGAUGUCUUCUACAAUCCUAUCCAACAAUUCAACAGAGAUUUAAGUGUCAUGUGUAUUAAAGCAUGGGAUAAGAUGUACAGACAAGAAGCACAGACAAAGGGCAAUAAACGUUCCAAGAGCAGUAGAUUUACUUCUAAGAAAAGAAAACUAGAAGAUGGCUCUACCAUCACUGAAGAGAUUAAAGAGCAAGACCCAGAAAAAUAUAUGAGAAUUUUGGAAGCUUUGUCGGCAACCGGUUUACGUGCAAUUAGGUAUGCUAAAGAAAUUCCAAACGUAAAGGAACUUGUAGCAAACGAUUUAAUACCUGCUGCUGUGGACUCUAUUCAAAGAAAUAUCUCCUUUAAUGAAGUAGAUCAUCUAGUUAAGGCUAACUUAGAUGAUGCGAACGCUUUACUGUACCGUGAGAAGGGCCAAAAUAAUCGCUUCCAUGUCAUCGAUUUGGAUCCAUACGGUACUGUUACGCCAUUCAUUGAUGCAGCUUUGCAAAAUAUUGAAGAAAAUGGUCUAUUAUUAGUUACAUGCACCGAUUUAUCAGUUCUUGCAGGUAAUGGAUAUCCAGAGAAAUGUUUUGCACUAUAUGGUGGUGUUAACAUGGUUAACCAUGAAGCCACGCACGAAAGUGCCCUCAGAUUGGUUUUAAACCUAAUUAAUCAAACCGCUGCAAAGUAUAAGAAGACAGUUACUCCAUUAUUAUCCCUAAGUAUUGACUUCUAUGUUCGUGUCUUCGUUCAAGUCAAAACAAGCCCGAUUGAAGUUAAGAGUUUACAAUCUAAAACUAUGAUAACAUACCAUUGUACACAGUGUGGUUCAUACCACAAUCAACCUUUAGGUAGAAAGAGUGAAGUGGAGAGCAAAAAGAAGAAAAAUAUCACUCAAUUUAAAUACAGCGUCGCUCAAGGUCCACCUGUGGAUAGAAAAUGUAGAUAUUGUCAAGGUACUUACCACCUUGCUGGUCCGAUGUAUGCAGGCCCCUUACACAAUGAAGAAUUUGUUAAAGAAGUUUUAAAAAUUAAUAAAGAGGAUGAGAAAAAGCAAGAAGAUAUCUACGGCACACACAAAAGAAUUGAAGGUAUGUUGACGUUAGCUCUUAAUGAAGUUGCUGAUAGCCCCUUCUAUUUCAGCCCAAACCAUGUUUCAUCCAUAUUGAAGCUACAAGUUCCACAGAUGAAGAAAGUUAUAGCUGGUCUAGGUUCUCUUGGCUUUCAAUGUUCCUUGACCCACGCUCAACCUUCAUCUAUCAAGACAAACGCUCCUUGGGAAGCUAUUUGGUACGUUAUGCGUCAAUGUGACAGUGAAAAGGAUGUAAGUCGUAUGAACCCUAAUACAGCAGGAUAUAAAAUUUUAUCAACUAUGAGCUCUUGGUUACCUUCUCCCUCUGAUGAAAUAAAAUCAUCCGUCUUCUUUGAUUCAUCGAAGUUGUCAUUCGAGGAAAAUGAACAAAGUGGGAACGUUGAAAAAUUAAGAAAGUUAAAGAUUGUUAGAUACCAAGAAAACCCAACUAAAAAUUGGGGACCUAAAGCUCGUCCAAAUCCUUCAACAAAACCAUCUCCACAGAAAUAA